GAAGAUACUAAACGUAGAUAAAGGGUUUAUAUUAAUAAUAACAAGAUUAAAAUGUAAAACCACUUCAGUGGUUGAUGUAAGCUUGAAACAAAUGUUUGUGAAAAAGCUUAGUGAAGUGAUUUUGUUAAAAGUGAUAAAAAGAACAUUAUAGGAAUAACUUUUCUUCAAGCUUAAUUAUAUUUUACAUGGACUGGAAAUGUCCAAACACUUCUUACUGCUGCUAUUGGCAUCAGUAUCAUCAGCCCAGUUCCUGCCAAACGGGUGUCCGGUGGACAUAAACGACUACCUCAUCCCGCAUGAGACGGACUGCUCGUCGUUCUACAGCUGCAGCCAUGGCAACAAGUUUCUGAUGCCCUGCCCGGGGGGACUGCAUUUUGACCCGGUGUUAAAGGUCUGCAACUGGCCGGCUGCAGCUAACUGCGUCCCCGGCACAACUACAUCCACAGCCAGUACAACUACAAGUUCAGUAAUUACAAAUCCAGGAUACCUGCCCAAUGGCUGUCCGGCAGACUUCAGCAGACAUCACCUGUUGCCGCAUGAGACAGACUGCUCUCUGUUCUACAGUUGUAGCAAUGGGAGGAAAGUACAAAUGUCGUGCGCUGGUGGACUACAUUUCGACUUUGUUAACCAGAUUUGCGACUGGCCACACAACGUGAACUGCGUGUCAGGCACUACACAAUCGACUACAGUCUCAGCAAGCACUACAACUACAGAGACCACUACAACUACAGAGACUACUACAACUACAGUAACGCCUGCUCCAGAGUAUCUGCCCAAUGGCUGCCCAUCCAACUUCAGUAUUUAUAAACUGCUGCCACACGAAGAUGAGUGCAAUAAGUUUUAUAGCUGCAGCAAUGGGAAUAAGAUAUUGAUGCAUUGCCCUUACCACACGUAUUUCGAUUUUGAACUGCAGGAAUGUGAAUGGUCACACUUGGUCAACUGCGGACAACAAAACCCAAAUGAAACAACUACAACAACAGAACGAGUGACGGAUGCUCCUACCACUACAGAACGAGUGACGGAUGCUCCUACAACCACAGAACGAGUGACGGAUGCCCCUACAACCACAGAAAGAGUGACGGAUGCUCCUACAACCACAGAAAGAGUGACGGAUGCUCCUACAACCACAGAACUAGUGACGGAUGCUCCUACAACCACAGAACUAGUGACCGAUGCUCCUACAACCACAGAACUAGUGACGGAUGCUCCUACAACCACAGAACUAGUGACGGAUGCUCCUACAACCACAGAACGAGUGACGGAUGCUCCUACAACGACAGAACCAGUGACGGAUGCUCCUACAACCACAGAACUAGUGACGGAUGCUCCUACAACCACAGAACCAGUGACGGAUGCUCCUACAACCACAGAACUAGUGACGGAUGCUCCUACAACCACAGAACCAGUGACGGAUGCUCCUACAACCACAGAACGAGUGACGGAUGCUCCUACAACGACAGAACCAGUGACGGAUGCUCCUACAACCACAGAACUAGUGACGGAUGCUUCUACAACUACAGAAAGAGUGACAGAUGCUCCUACAACCACAGAACCAGUGAAGGACGCUCCUACAACCACAGAACUAGUGACGGAUGCUCCUACAACCACAGAACGAGUGACGGAUGCUUCUACAACCACAGAAAAGGUCACUGAUGUUCCUACAAUAACGACAGAAGUUGAAACUGGAGCUCCUACAACGACAGAAAAGGUCACUGAUGUUCCUACAACCACAGAAAAGGUCACUGAUGUUCCUACAACUACAGAAGAAGAAACUGAGUCACCUACAACUACAGAAGCUGCUACUGAUGCCCCAAUAACUACAGAAAAAGUCACUGAUGUUCCUACAAUAACGACAGAAGUUGAAACUGGAGCUCCUACAACGACAGAACAAGUGACCGAUGCUCCUACAACUACAGAAAGAGAGACGGAUGCUCCUACAACCACAGAACGAGUGACGGAUGCUCCUACAACCACAGAACGAGUGACGGACGCUUCUACAACCACAGUAUGGGUGACUGACCCCCCUAUAACUACAGACAUAGUCACUGAUAGUCCAUCAACUGAUGCCCCGUUGACCACAGAAGCGGCUUCUGAUGCCCCUACAGAUAGUCCAUCAACUGAUGCCCCGUUGACCACAGAAGCAGCUUCUGAUGCCCCUACAAAUAGUGCAUCAACUAAUGCCCCGUUGACUACAGACGCAGCAAUUACUGAUGCCCCGUUGACCACAAAAGCGGCUUCUGAUGCCCCUACAGAUAAUCCAUCAACUGAUGCCCCGUUGACCACAGAAGCGGCUUCUGAUGCCCCUACAGAUAGUCCAUCAACUGAUGCCCCGUUGACCACAGAAGCGGCUACUGAUGCCCCUACAGAUAGUCCAGCAACUGAUGCCCCGUUGACCACAGAAGCAGUUACUGAUGCCUCUAUAAUAACAGCCAUAGUCACUGAUAGUGCAUCAACUGAUGCUCCGUUUACCACAGAAGCGGCUACUGAUGCCCCUACAGAUAGUCCACCAACUGAUGCCCCGUUGACCACAGAAGCGGCUUCUGAUGCCCCUACAGAUAGUCCAUCAACUGAUGCCCCGUUGACCACAGAAGCGGCUUCUGAUGCCCCUACAGAUAGUCCAUCAACUGAUGCCCCGUUGACCACAGAAGCGGCUUCUGAUGCCCCUACAGUUAGUCCAUCAACUGAUGCCCCGUUAACCACAGAAGCGGCUUCUGAUGCCCCUACAGAUAGUUCAACAACUGAUGCCCCGUUGACCACAGAGGCGGCUACUGAUGCCCCUACAGAUAGUCCAUCAACUGAUGCCCCGUUAACCACAGAAGCGGCUUCUGAUGCCCCUACAGAUAGUCCAUUAACUGAUGCCCCAUUGACCACAGAAGCGGCUACUGAUGCCCCUACAACUACAGACGUAGAAACUCUAGCUCCUUCAACGACAGAUCGAGUCACUGAUAGUCCAUCAACUGAUGCCCCGUUGACCACAGAAGUGGCUACUGAUGCCCCUACAACUACAAUAGAAGAAAACGAUUCUUCUGCAACGACAGAAGAAGUAAAUGAACCCACUUCAACUACAAAAGCGACUGACGCCAUCACAACGACUGAAAAAGACAUUGCUACAACUACAAUAGGAGUUACAGAGGCACCAACGACUACCGGAAAUCCUGACGAUGUAACAACGAUUGCUGAUGGUGAAAACGAAUCAACCACCUCUGCUGACAGUGGAAAUUAUUCUACCACCUCUGCUGACAGUGAAAACUAUCCAACGACAGUUGCUGACAGUGAAAACUAUCCAACGACUGUUGAUGACAGCGGAACCGAAUCAACCACCGUAGAUGAUAGUGAAAAUGAUUCAACCACCAUUGCUGACGGUGGAAACGAUUCUACAACGAUUACUGAUAGUGAAAGCUAUUCAACGACAGUUGCUUAUGGAGAAAACGAAUCAACAACGACUGCUGACAGUGGAAACGCAAACGAAGUCACCAUACCAACGACCGUUACUGAACAAGUUUCAACAACCACAGCUGUGACAACAGAAGCCCCGGAGGAGUUCGUCUGUCCACCAGGCACUUUCGGGAACUUCCCUCACCCGUAUUUGUGUAACGUGUUUUAUAUGUGCGGAGGCGGACUGCCUACAAUGUUGACUUGCCGCGAUGGAUUCGAAUUUGACCCGGCAUUGGGGAGAUGUGUUGAAAUAGCACCAGGCGGUUGUACUUUCCCAUUUACAACUACAAUUAAGAUCGAAGAACAUACUACAACUACUACAGAAAAAGAAACAUUCACUGAGACUACUCCUUCAGUAACAACUACAAUAGUAACCGACAAUCAAGAAACUACACCAUCAGAAACUACUAUUGCAGAGGUUACUACAGAAAAAGCUACAGAAGUUACUGUAGACGAUAGUUCAAAGACUACUGCAUCAGAAACUACGAUUUUAGAAGAGUUUACUAGAGAAACAGAACCAGCCAUAGAAGUAACUACAGAAAAAGUUACAGAGGUAACUACAGAUAAAUCUUCUGAAGCUACCAUUGAUGACAGUCAAAAAACUACUAGAUCAGAAACGACGAUUUCAAGUGAACUUAUUACAGCAACAGAACAAACUCCCGAUGUGACUACAGAAAAAGAAUCUACCGAAGCUACCGAGGAUCAAAAAACUACUGCAUCAGAAACGACAAUUUCAGAAAUUACUACAGAAGCUAUAGAAACAACUACAAUUCCAGUGGAAACGACCACCAAAUUCGAUUGCCCUCCAUUCUUUAUUGGAAACCUGCCAGAUCCGGUCAAGUGUGACGCGUUCGUAUUAUGCGUCAUGGGAGAUCCGAUAUUCCUGAAUUGCUUGCCUGGAAAUGAAUUUGAUCCCGUUACUUCGGGCUGCAUCCCAAUAGCUCCCGGUGGUUGCACCAUGGGAUCCGAAUCGACGACAGCUCAAUACACUGACCAAUCAUCAACAAUCACUGACUCACAAACAGAAAACGAUACUAUAAUGACCGCAGAAACAGUUGAGCCUAUUCGGACAACAGUUGAGCUUGUUCAGACCACUUUAGAGUCUUUAGAAACGACAGUCCAAGCAACAGAAGAGCCAGAAGUAACCACAAGGCUGCCAGAAAAUAUAGUUCUGCCAACAGAAACUACAGGGCUGUCAUCAGAAACUACAGGGCUGCCAGAAGAAACUACAGGGCUACCAUCAGAAGAAAUCACGGAACUACCAGAAGAAACCACAGCUCUUCCAGAUGAAACAGAAAUUCCAGAGUUAACAACAGAAGUUCAGAUUCCAGUAGAGACAACAACUGAAGAAUUCGUUUGUCCAUUGGGUGAAUUUAUCCAAAUACCGCACCCCACUAAGUGUGACGCAUAUUACAUGUGCACUGGACUGCCUCAGCCCAUUCUACUGACGUGUUCUGAUGGCCAGGAGUACGAUAUUGUGGAGAUGAGAUGUAUAAAGAUCGCUGAAGGGGGCUGCACUUUAGGCCCAAUUCAAACGACAGCAGUCGAUGACAGCGCAGUUGACCAAAGCACAGUUGCUCAGAGCACAGCUAGCCCAGUUAGCGAGGAUUCCACUAAUGGUCGAGUUGUCGACCCAGAUCUACCUGAAGGAACAACGAGCAUAGAGCCAUGUCCCCCAGGAUUUAUUGGAAUCCUACCAAACCCUGACAGAUGUGAUGCAUUCGACAUGUGCACUGGAGAUAAGCCAAUUCAGCUGUUCUGUUCUUUGGGAUUGGAAUUCGAUCCAAAUACUGGGCAAUGCGUGCUGAUUUCUGAAACCGGUUGCACAGCAUCGAGGACCUAAAAGGAUAUUUUGAAGAUAGAAGACUGCCCAAAAAAUAGAAAUAAAUAAUUGAGUUGCAUUUUUUUACUAAGUGCCUCAACAAUUUUUAUUUUUAGUCAAUUUUAUUGUACAAAUUCAAAUUAUUUUGCGAACCUUAGUUCGCACUUAUAGCUAUGUAUUAUUUUUUUAUUCCUACAUUUUAUUUUAGAACAACUGUUCACAAGGUUGUUCACAACUUUAGUAAUUUCUUUUUAUAUUUUCUUGAAUUUUCACUAUAAAUAUUAAAAUGAAAUAGAUCGAUUUUCUUAUUUUAUGUAAAUAAAACUUCUACUCUUUAUAGUUAUUUCUAAAGUUUAUAUAGACUGACAAAAAUCCCGCCAUUUUUUGUGUUAUAAAAGUCACGAUUUUGGUUGUGAUGUAAAUAUUUGUUAGUUAUUUUUAAGUGUUUUUAUUAAAAACCAGAAAUAUA